GCAAUGAUUAAUCAAAGAUGGGUGGUUAUAGUGCAUAUGGCUAAAAACACGAGAACUGUGUAUCUUGAUCACAAGAAAUGAACUGGAUUAUAUAUGUACACGUGUAUCAUGAUAUAUAUAUAGCCUUGUGCAGACUUUCCUUUUCCAUAGCAUUACCUGACAAUGUUUGGUGCCACAAUAUCCGUUCCCAUCAUCAUAGCUCCUGCAUUGUGUGUCACUGAUGACGUAGUCGUUGGAAAACUUAUAUCUACAAUAUUCUUCAUGAGUGGAAUAGCGACUCUCUUACAAACUACUUUUGGUAACAGGUAACUUUAACUCAGUAUUACUUUAAAAUGAGCGGAACUGGUGUCUAGUGGUUGUGAAUUUUGAACCAUGAGAGCUCUUCUUUAGACACUUGCUCGUUUAUAAACGUGUCGACAUUUCUAAGAUUAACUGUUAAGGCUGCUAUCCAGUCACGCUUUUUUCAUACGUGCGUAUACGCACGGAAAGGUUUAAAUCUUUUUAAAUGUUACGUAUGAAAUAACUGAAUGAAUAAAAGGAAAGCAUAUAGUUUUGUGAAUGAUUUAAUGUGCAUUUGUACAGAUAAUUCAUACUAGUGUUAAGUUGGAAAAGAUUUAAACUUUUCUGUGCGCAUACGCACGCAUGAAAAACGCGUCACUCUGGAGAGCAGCCUUUUUACCAUCAUGUAAUAUAUGCUUUCUUGCGAACCAGUGGCGGCGCCAGCCUUUUAAAAGUGGGGGGGAUUUUCGAGCGGUGAAGGCGCGAGACACUUCUAGGGGGGUCCGGGGCCAUGCCCCCCUGGAAAAUUUUUGAAAUCUAGAGUCCCUGAAAUACGAUUUCCUGCAUUUUCAGGGUAAGAUUAUACAGAAUUCCAAAGAUUAUAAAGUAAACAAAACACACAAUUUUUUCAUGACUGUACGUAUAUAUGACAUAUAUAAGACCUACAAAUGUAAUAUUACAUGAUAGUCAAUAGAAUGAGAUCAGGGAACUCGAUGCAGCCAUAAAACAAAAGACCUCAUUAUCUAUGUUUUUGUCUGGUUUAUAGGCAAGGAACAAUCGGUUCAUCGUCACGUGUGUAGUAUUUUUUACCAAUAGCAGUGUGAUGUUUAAUUACCCAGUCGUAAUAUUACACAAUGGCUAAACAAAAACAUAAUAACUAUUGGUUACUCUAGCGAAAAUACAAUACACACAUGACGAUGAACCUACCAUUUUUUUUGCAUAAACCAAGACAAAACAUAGAUAGGUCUAUUAUGUCUGCAUCGAGUUCCUUAUAUAACCUUCUUAUUCUAUUGACUACGAUUAAUUAUACAUCGAUUGACAGCUGCCUAAAGGAAUUGCUACUUCCAGGAAAAUUGAAGUCAACAUAAUUUUAUAUUUAAAUACAAAUGGAAAUAACUGUAAGCUUAUGAGGUUUUGCAAGCUUAAAUAUUUCCACCAAUUUGCUAAGUUCAAUAUUGUUGGCUAGAUCUCGUUCGUUGCUAAUAUGGACAAGGUCCUCGAGUCUAUCAGAUGACAUAGCAACUCGCAAAUCAUUGUUUAUUAUUUUGACCUUGCUGCGGGACGUGCGCUCACAUGAUGCCACUAUCACCGGCAAGGUAGCGACCUCAAACAAGUCGGGAUAAAGGUGGUGCAGAUCAUCUUUGCUGAAAACGUCGAGCAAGUAGGGCAACCAGAUCCAGGGUGGAAACUUUCUUUUGCACCCUUUCUCUAGACUCUUUCCUUUCCUUCUCUUCGCUGAUAUUUCCUUCUCUUCGCUGAUGUAUGCAAUCUUCCAGUUGUUACAUUGAAUAUUCCAGCCAUAUGUAGUCUUCGUACCAUUUAAUUUGGAAUGUAAACUUUCUCACCGAUAUUUCCGAUGUUGAAAAAUCUAAGACAGGUCUAACCGUCCAUAUUCGAAAACGAAGGUUCUAUUUGCCUCCUUCACACACAAUUUCACUUGAUGAAUCUCUUCCUUCAAACAUUUUUCUCUUUCAGUUGUGUAGUGAUGCGUUUCAAGAAGCUAAUGACCAUACGUUGGGCGAACGGUGCAUUAAUUAACAUAUCUCCCUCACAUCUCAGCAGCAGGACCAAACUUCCGCAUCACACAUUGCCCCUUGCACUUAAUUUGGGUAAUAUAUUAAACCAUUAUGGUGGCCGUAAUCAGUGCCUGCAAUAUGCUAAUGGUAAAUACCGCAUAUAUGAAACAGAUUUUUGUCAAAAGUAAAGCCAUGAUCUUUUAAUCCCGGUUUUUAGUCACACAAUAAAGACUGAAUUUAUCAAGUUAGAUCUAAAUAACUGGACUGUGUCACAAACGUACCCCCCAUUUUUCUCACCGGAUUUGGACAAAUUAGAAAAUUGACCUUGAAGAGAACUCGGGGGACGUGUCCUCGCCAGUCCUCCCCGUGGCGCCGCCACUGUUGCGAACGCUUACUGAAACCUACCAAUUGGAGGGAAAUUUAUACAUAAUAAUAUAUAUCUAAUAUCUGGAUGUCUUUUUGUUAAAUUUCUAUAGACUUCCAAUCAUACAAGGCAGUACGUUCUCGUAUCUUGUACCAACAUUUGCAAUUUUAUCCUUGCCUAAAUUUCAAUGUCCGCCAGGAUUUAAAGGUAAAUUUAGAGUUACGAUUUUUAAUGCAUCUUCAGGACCAAUUUUGUAAUUCUUUCAAAACUGUGGAGAAACUUGGAGGGGGCUUAACUAUCCUCUUAAUGUUUUCAGCCAUGACAUCAAAUAUACCAAAUCUGCCCCUGUUUCUGCCUAAAGGAUACUUUAAUAUUUAGUUUACAGAUUUAAAUCUAUUUUUUAAACCUUUUGAAUGGAAAACUCAAAACUAGAUCCUAUUCAAUUUGAUUUGUUCCAAAAACUGAUGCUUUUUAUCUGUGUGACUGUGUUGCCCCACAAUAUUAUAGUAUUAUAAUACUCGUAUAUAUAUACUAGUAUAAUUAUACCUAACUGCUCUGCCACGGUAACCUUGAUAAAUUUAAUAGUUCUAAAUCAAUACUUAUACAUGAUAUUUUAAUUACUAUUAAAUUAACUAAACAUUACGAGGGGACCGGCCUCUUCACUGAUAAGCCUUGUGGUUCCUUGAGCUCGCUUUGCCACCACCUGAAUUUGUACUAAACAACUGAAUUGAAUUUCUCCCUUGUAUAUUCGUAUAAACGGUGGCGGCGGAACAGGUUUUAUCCGUUUUUGGGAAUAUCUUAUUCUCUGUGUAUAAAUUUGUAAAUAUAGCCACUGUGCAAAUUUAUGAUUAUAUUCAUAGAAUCCAACAGCACUUCAGAUGAACUUUGGAAAAUUCGUAUGAGAGAGGUGGGCCAUGAUCCAUAUAUGUUGAUAUUUUCUUCACCCUAGUAUGACAUGCAAUGAUGGAGUAUUUAGCCUGCGAACUGGGCCCACCUGAAUAAACGCCUGUUUGCAGGCUAGAGUAGCUUCACCUAUAUACGGUACCUGCAUGGCCCUGAGCUGUUUAAAGGUUUGGCGAACGCGAACUGAUUUCCCCAGAAAUCUUCUUAUAUAUAUAUCCCACUGGUUCCCAGGGUACACCUACGACUACGCACUCCAUAAAUGUUAUUUAAACUCUUGUCUAGUUCAUGGGUAAGGCGGGUCUAGAGUGGUGGAAGGCCAGAUUAGACUGUUGUGAUAUUGAUAAAAUAUCAUUAUAUCGACAUUGAAAUUGAGUUUUAAUUUCCGAAUCUACGCACUGGUUGUAUUCACAAAUGUUAUGUUACGUCACAGAAACAGGGGAGUGCUGAGAGCUUUCAGGGCCUCGGUAUACUUGGGGCGGGGAGGGGAGCGGAGGUGAAAAUCCUGAGUAUCAGGUUGGAAUAAAAUAGCCCAUGUAUGAGUGGAUAAAUAUAUAGUAUAUAUAUAGUAUUUAGUAUAAUUGUAAAUUAUAUGUAAAAUAAAGUUAUUUUAAACAGAUUCAAUGCAGUUAACGAUCACAUCACGCACACCCAUUUGAACGAAGUAAAGUGAAAGAGCUCAAUUUCGAAGAACUCAUGGCGAAUUAACUUGUCCAUAAUGCACUCUUUAUUGCCUUUUAACUACAGCACAAUAUCCGUUUCGAUAGGAAUGGAUAUUUAAUUUGGAUGUAUUAUUUUCGAACAUAAAUCGAUAUUUUCGGUAUAUAUAUUGCUAUUAUAACUGCCCAGUCAUGCUAUUUCCCAGCCAGAAUUUUGUCUGUGUCUCAUUGAUUUGCCAACAAAACUGCCGGUGUAAAUACCCGCUCAGUGGUUCAAUUUUCCCAGUGAAAAAUUAGGCUAACGCAAGCUUCUCAUUUUGCCUCUACGACAUUUUAUAUAUCCAGGUUGCGAUGGCCAAAUAUUUGUGUGCAAAAUAUUUACUGAGCAAUAAAAUUAUGUUCUUUCAUAAAAUGUCAUGAAAGUAUCUGAAUCUAUUUUAUAUGUUGUGAGAAAGGCAUUUUGUUUACAGAUUCAAGGUGCAGUCAUGCUAUCCUCCCUAUUUCAAAUUUUCGUGGGCUUCACGGGAUUGGUUGGUGUUCUCUUACGUUUUAUUGGUCCUAUAACAGUUGCUCCUACCAUUGCGUUGGUUGGCUUAUCACUGUUUGCAGUUUGCUCGGAUUUUGCAGGUAAAACACGAAACUUAUUUUAAGCACGUUAAAAUAGGAAGUGGACAUACCAUGAUCUACGUAAUUGUUAUGCAUUAAUUUGAUACAAUUCAUCUUAUUCUGCAGGGGCGCACUGGGGAAUUGCAGUGUUGUAAGUAUACUGACUUAACGUCAAAAAUGAAUCACGUUGUACAGUAUAACAGGAAACAACGAAAGAUCAUCCCUGAUAAAGAACCAGCGUCGAAUACAUUGUUUCGGAACUCAUUCAUUUACCAGACUGAGUAGAAUAGCGAGAAAAACCUCUCUAAAAUGAACAUAAUUUAUCUCAACUAACCGUUUUCAACAAGAUUUUGUCGUGUUUUUAGGACAAUUGCAGUAAUUGGAAUUUGCUCACAAUUAUUGUCACGUGUUAAAGUCCCUCUUCCUGCUUAUUCUCGACUGCGAGGAUUUCACACCACAGGCGUGGCUAUAUUUGGAUUAUUUCCAGUGAGUUGAAAAUCCAUUAACUUAUUAUAACAGGACUAUUACUUCUGACUUAUAUAAAUAACAGAUAUAUAGAAUGCGUAUACUUGAUCACGAAUUAUGUUUCCACUUUUUCUCAUGCGUGUCCAUUCAAGUCCGCCAUAUUGAAUUCGACUAUCUGGCUAAUGCCAGACAACUUCAUUCUGCCCAAUUAACUUUCAUCGCAUGCAGAUUUACCAUAUCCUGGGAACGAGGUUGAGUUGCGCCCUGCGUACAUUCAUAAUCGAUUAAUAAUUUAUCAAUAAUUGAUUAAUAAUUGAUUAAUCUCUAUCAUUUUUCAUUGAUCAUUGAAAGAAAAAUUUAGGCUGCGCACCAGUGUUAUAUAUAGUAGUUUUGUUUCAAUCAAAGGACGGCUCUUGUUUAUCAUAUAACCAAUUGCUGAAAAAUUGAUUAAACGGUUAAUAUCGGCAGCAGCUCUAACAAAAAUUAGAGUGUGAAUUUUAUACAUUUAUUAGACCUAACCUCUGAGACCUAACCAAGAGUAGUUGCGAAAAAUGCAACUAUAGGCCCUCGAAUGCAACUAUAGGCCCAUGAAUCGAACCUGCGGUCCUUCUAUUAGCUGACUGAGCUAUAGUGGCCAGUCGUGGAGCUCUAACCACAAAUUUAUGUAACUAAGGAAACUAAGGUGACGCCAUGCAAUGUAUAAAGUGUAUGGGUAAAUGUGUAGAUGCCCAGAAUCCUGAUAUUCACACAAGCAGCUCUAAUAGACUACUUUUUGCUCCUCAGGUGAUUAUUGCAAUUGCAAUAAGUUGGAUAUUGUGCGCAAUUUUGACUGAAACAAAUGUAUUCUCGGAAAUGUCAAAAGCUAGAACAGAUACAAGAUCUGGUGUCUUAUCUGAAUCACCCUGGUUUAGAGUUCCUUAUCCAGGUAUAACAUGAAGUAAACAUAAUUCACUACUAUGUACUGAUACAGAGUAUAUACUUUAACUUUACAGAGGUACGACUCGGCCAAAAAACCCCAACACGUCACCGGCUGCGAUGUAGUCGCAAUGCUGUUGUCAUGUUCCUAGCUAGUGCGCUUACGAGAGGCAUUCGCCCCCUGAACGAAACCAAGCCCAGCGGGCACUUUGAAUGUUUUCAGAGAGUGCCGGCUUCUCCUUGGCUAGGAACAUGGAGGGCGGAUACGCCAUCAUGACGUCAAAGACACCGGCACAGAGUCGGACUUCUGUUAAGUUUAAAACAAGAUAAAGUUGCACAGAAAAGAAAAGUUUACUACAUCUGUGUACUCCUGCCUAAUCUAAAGACCAUGUUAAACGAGGCUAUUAGUUUAUUACUGAAACUUGUAACACAGUUUCAGCACAGUUUCUGCAUGCAGCAAUGCAUUCAUAUAAAACUGUUAGCAUGCUCGAUCAUUUCACCCUUAAAUUAAAGUUCUUAUGCAACGACAUUUCAAGUCUUUUUUAUGAUUGCAUGAUUAUCUUAGCUUGCUUCGUAACGUUCUUCACUCUCCCGCACAUUACAUAUUGACUUUCUGAAAAAAGUUAAUGUCAUGACCAUUAUUAUAUAUGCAAUUUGACGUCAUAGUGAUGAUAAUUUGCAUAUCAAACUUUGUGAAAUAUCUCAAGAAAGAGACAACUGAAGCUAUAAAGACAGUUUGGCAAAAUAUCUUAUUAGUCACUUUGAAUUUUCUCUACUCAGUGCAGUCAUAAUUAUAAAAAUAAGCCUUCGAUAACAUGGCUUUAAAACCUUUCGCAUUUUAAGACACUUACUUCUCCGCAGACAACUCGUAGUUCACCUGGGUUGCUAACCGAAUUCUGCCCGCCAAUCUAUUAAAGGCGAUGCAUGUGGGGGAGGUUAUGAAAUCCUUUUAUUCUUAAAAAUGUUUUGAUGUUUAGGUCAAUGGGGAACUCCAACUGUAAGUCUUGCUGGUGUAUUUGGUAUGCUAGCGGGAGUUAUUGCUGGUGUUGUAGAGUCUAUUGGAGAUUAUUACGCAUGCGCAAGGUUAUCUGGAGCACCACCACCUCCGUCACACGCUAUGAAUCGUGGGAUUGGUGUUGAGGGCAUUGCAUGUUUUCUCGCGGGCGCUAUUGGUACUGGAAAUGCAACUACUUCGUUUAGUGAAAAUAUUGGAGCUCUAGGAAUAACUAAGGUAAGAGAGACCUAAUUAUUGUCAGUACGCUCUAUCCAUGUUUGGCUAACACCGCGGGAAAACGUCUGCGCAUGCGUGGGGCACAAAAAUGAUGGCGAGAAAUUUAAAUGCCAAAUUGUAAACAAAAACAUGGCUAUUUAAUUAUUUAAGGUAAUUGAAACAAACAGAAAAUACACCAGAAGGGAAGUUUAGACAUUAAUAAAAAGUUUUCUAACAUUUAAAAUCAACAGAAAAGAAACAGAAUUUAAAUUAAAAAUUACCGUUUAAGACCGGGAGGCGUGUGAACGUUUCUUGAAAAAUUGUCGAAUACCGAACUUAAAGCGAAAAAGUUAAGAAAACUAUAGAAAAGUUAAGCAUUUGCACACGAUUAAAUUGCAGAGUAAAUCAUUAUCCUUAAAUAUAGUCAACGCAAAAUUUAUACAUGCUACGCAAAAAAAGUUAUUGACAAAAAUGUGCAUCAUAUGAACCCACGAAAAAUACAUUUGUAUGGUUCAGUUAAAAAACGUUUAAACAAUAAAUUUAUCAACAGUCACCUUUGGUUUAUUUUCUUGCAUAAUACUACUUAAUUCUUGCAUAUGUAGACUAUAAUUAUUUCUAGUUUUUAGGUUGUCAUGUUCAUUAUUCCGCUUGCAUUUUCAUAGAAAAGGUAAAACAUCGAAGUCGCUUCCAUUUUGAGUUUUUGACAACAUUCGGAACUCUCUCCUCCGCAGAGGCUUACAUGAAGUUUCUAGUGAGGGAAAAGUGAGCGCGCAAGGAGUGAUGGGAAGAGCUAAAUAAAGGAUAAAAGGAAGCUUUUGCGAGUUAAUGCAAUCAAUAUGGCGGGUAGUCAAUUUAUCCCAGGCGUUCUGUGACCCCCGUCCGCGAUCAAAUCAGAUGAUGUCAGCGACUCAACAUUGCAAGACUAAGUACUUAUUACCAUUUAGCAUUAAUUAACACAAUUAUGGAAAUUGGCGCGAACUACAAAAUGCCUUAACUCUUUCUCGACAACCUGUCUCGUAUUACAUUUCGAAUUCAAUUUUUCUAAUAUAAAUAUCUCGGCGAGUAUUUACCCCCCUUUUAAAUAAAUGCCACCAUUGAAAUCCUCACAAUAUAACCUUUCGAACGGGGGGUCAAGUGCCGUCAAAACAUUACACAAACCGAAACAAUCAUAUAUUUUAUACUCACUGCUUCGCCAAACAUUCAAAGGAGAAAAUGAGAAAAAGUUGAAUAUUUUCUAAACUUUGGUGUCAUUUCCUGAAAGGAUAUGUGUAAAAUACUCUUUGUAUUCAAGCGCUUUCGUGUAGAAAGUUUCGUAUGUAUACGCCGAAUAGAAAUAUUUAUUUUGAAUUUUUAAAGUAUCGGGUUUUACUAGCACGCGCUUGUAUUACGUAAUACUUGGCCAAUAAGGAGCUCCCUUUAGCCGGGAUGACGUAAAACUCACGCGUAUGGGUGCACUUUGACCUGUAGAAUCCAUUUCUGGCAUUUCCAGAGUCACGCGAUACAAGCGUCGCAUUAUUUUGACGGUUUUUCGUCGUAUUUCCGGUUGGGAUUAACGCAUAUUCGGAGCAGAAAUACAAAAUUCGGCACUAAAUGUCGAAUUUUAAAGAUAGAAGCUUGAAAAUAACACUAUACGUGUUAUUUUUAACUGCUUCAUACAGCAAGAUUAUCAGAAUGAGCGUACGUCUCAAUGGGACGAAGUUAUAUUCGGCGAAAGGUAUGUUUAUGUUUAUAAUUUGUCAGUAAUCCAGACUGCAGAGUACGGCAAGUGCACACCCGAGAUUUUUUUUGGCCAAUGGUAUUGCACACUUAAACAUAUUUCAAAUAUUUUCCAGUUUUGUCAGGCAUUAAAAUAAGGACUUCUAAGACAAGUGUAAUAUAACAACUAUGAACUACCUGAAAAUCGGGAACGCUGAUUCAUGGGCGCAAAUGAAAAAUGUCCAUUAAAGUUUCGAAUUUCUAUCUACAGCAGAGUUUUGCGAUCAUCAGGUUGUUAUGAUUAAACAAAACCGUAUAGCAUGUAAGCAUGGGCACAAGAGAACUUAUAAUUGGAAUUUGGAGUCCCUACAUUGUCGGAAAUGGCAUUUUCGAGUGCACACUUUUUCAUUUACAACUCAAUUACAAGGACAUGCACAUUUUCCUUUUACAGGACACAAAGUGUGUCAAAAACAGGUUAUUUUGUACGUGUUCAUAAUGACUUUUAACUCCGAUCGAAAUAUAUAUUCUUGUUUGUUCGUCAGAAUUUGGACCACGUUUUGUUUUCCUGAGAGGCAGAAAUUUUAGUUAUUUGUACAAAUAAACAAUCAUUGUUUAAUAUCAUUAGAACAUGUAGCUAUUUACAAGUGCACACUUGACUACGUUAACUGAGGAUUGCACACUUGCACACCUGAAUUUUUGUCUUGCACACCCGAGAUAUCGUCGAAAACUGCCAUACUCUGCAGUCUGGUCAGUAAUAUUGCGUAAUUUGAUCAUAUUUAUUCAUAUACGAGCUCGUUUGACUUUCAAAGCUCAUAAAUCGCUAUAAUGUUGCCAUUCACUAAAUCUAUCGAUAGGAAUGAGUAGCUAUCGUUACACUGAAUCGAAUGGUGGUAUUUUGGUCCACGUAGCAUUUACCGAACUGAAGAUAUGAACCGCAAAAAUGAUAAAUCUUGAGUGAUUUGUUUAAUAGGGACCUGUCGGGAAAGAGUUUUAAAUGGCGCAAUAAUUUAUCGAAUUUUGAAAAAAGGGGGCAAUUUAAUAAUAGUAAUUUACAGUCAUACAGUAGUAACUCCCUUGUGUUGUAAAGGCAAUCUUAGGAAAAAUCUUAAAGAAAAAAAUAUGAGAACGAAAAACAAAACAUUAGUCACUGUGGGAUUCGAACCACCAAUUAGCAGCAUGUAAGAAUGCGCGAAACGCCCUAGACAGCCGUGCCACCGGCACUCGCUAAAGUACAAAUGCAGAAAAUCUGAAUAUACAGAAUAUACAGUAACAUAUAAAUAAAAGGAUCCGCAGACAUUUAGUAAAUAUUGUGAUGGUAUGGCAUUUACUGUUUUUUUAGCCACGUCAAGGUUAGUCACGUUAGAUUUUCUCCAAGGAUGUAAUUUGCAAUGCAUCAGUUUAGACAAAAUAAACUAUAAACCAGUCAUAUUUGUUCUUUGAUGGUAAAUAUUCGAAUGAUGAUGGCCCAUGCAUAUGCAUCUGGAAAUAUUUUCACUUUCUGAAGUUGUACAUGAAAAAUAUUCAGCGAUUUUCAACGAUAAAAUUCCUUUGGAAUUUUAAAUAUAAAACUUCGAACUUCGGGCGAUGUUAUUUUAGUAAUUACCAGAUGCCGCUGACAUGAUCUGAUAUGAUCGCGCACGGGGGUCACAGAACGCCCGGGAUAUAUUGACUGCCAAUAUCGACUUUCAUUUUCAGGCGUACUUGAGUAUCCUGGGGUGAAUUCAAUAUCUUCUUCUGUCCAUUUGCAUCGAAAUAUAUUGAGAAAUUGCAAACGAAUAUCAAUGGAUACGAGCUAUCGGAUUAUAAAAUAUCGUCUUAAUUGCAACAUUUCUUUAUAAAAAUGACUCUAUUGAACUUCGAUACUCAGAUUAUGAAGAUUCAUUUCAAUUUCUUUCACAUUUCCGUCGAUUUCAAGCUUAAAAAAGGUCAAACAGCUAGUUUGAUUCAAAAACCAUACCUCGUCGCAUUAUCUGGCAGAGCCUCCCCAACUUCAUUUCAAUAUUCCCAUCACACCCAUCACACACAUUUCAAUCUUCGGCCCAUCAUUCCGCGGUGUUUGUUUGGCUAGAUUUCAAGUUGACAUCAAUUCUAGAUUCCCCUUCAGUACGUUUUCGUAGCGCUUUGCAUUGUGGUUAUAGUGGUAUCACUGAUAAAGAUAGCGACCUCGAAUGAAAAUAUUGAAUGUUUUCGCGAAUAUUUUGCUGUUGGCUAUCGCGCACCUGACCCUAGCUUUUUUUAAAAAUUCUUGCACGGGUCAGAACAAAAAAUAAGCCAUCUUGAAUAUCAGUGAUACCACUAUCACCACAAUGCAAAGCGCUACGAAAACGUAAUAAGAGGAAUCCUCAAUUGGCUACAGUUUACAAAUUUUCCGCACAUUUAUAUUUAUAUAUGUAUAUGAUUCUAUACAAAUAUUUGCGAACCAAUGUCGAGCCACUCAAAGUAGCGUCGUCUCAAAGGUUUAGUGUUUCGGUAGUAACGCCAUACAAAUACUAUAGUUCUUCCCACCAUCAAACACAGCUCAGAAGCACGCAAUGACAUCAAAGCGAGGCUGUACCAUUGAAAUGAACAUAAUUGGAACGCUACCUUCAGAUAAAGUUGAUAAACUGCCGAUCUUUUUCUUGAAGCCAAAUCUGACCUCCAGACACGCAUAUCAAUUUAUGUCAUGAUUGACACGCUCUUCGCAUAUGCGUGAAAAAACUGGGACUGGCCUUCAUGUUUGGCUUCAAGAUUCGGGUUGGAGGUAGCGUUCCAUUCCAGUUAUAUUCAUUUCAAUGGGCUGUACAAAAUCUGUGUCUGCACGAAAAAUAAAUGGCACCCAAAUUUGAAAAAAAUCUUCAACUUUCGUAAGCAAUUUCUCCUUACCCUUUAAUAUUUGGGCACUAAAUAAUUUUUAUAUUACCACAUAACUGUAUACUUGCAGGUUGGCAGCAGGCGUGUCGUCCAAUUUGGAGCAUCAUUUAUGAUAAUCUUAGCUUUAAUUGGAAAAUUUGGCGCAUUAUUUUCUACCAUUCCUGAUCCUGUGAUUGGUGGAGUCUUCUGCUGUAUGUUUGGUUUAAUAACAGCAGUGGGAAUCUCUAACUUGCAAUUUGUUAAUCUCAAUUCUGUUCGAAAUCUCUUUAUUAUUGGUUUCGCUAUCAUAAUGGGAUUGGUCAUUCCUGAUUAUCUCGGAAAGAAUGAAGGAGUCAUUGACACUGGUAAUCUAUCUAAUACUGAGCCUUAGGAAUUUUACAAUAAUCGAGUUUUCUGAACUGAUCGAUAAAGGGAAAUCCUAAAGGGACUCAACGAAGUCUGUCCUAGUUCGCCCAGAUGGAUAACCUGUCUUGUCAAACGCGUAAACGGCGUAAUAGAUGCUUCGAAUAAAGAAAAAGCACGAGAAUAUCACUUAUAUGUUAUUAUUUACAUUUAAUGUGUUUUUAUAUAGGUGUUGAUGAAUUAGACCAAAUAUUUACGGUGCUGUUGAAGACCAGUAUGGCUGUUGGUGGAAUAAUUGCUUGCCUCCUUGACAACCUCAUUCCCGGAACACAAGAAGAAAGAGGAAUUAAGAAAUGGCGUAAUCUUGCCACUGGUCAAGCUGUAAAGAAUGUUGCUUCUGUUCAGGUUUAUGACCUACCAUUCGGUGUUGCGAAAAAAUGGAAAUUUUCCAAAUUUGUUCCAUUUCUUCCUUACUAUGACGAACCUUUAGAAAGCGAAGAAACUGCAGAGAAUAUUUAUAAUAUGGUUAACAUGGCGCGAGAUACAAAUGUCCAAGUGGAAACAUCUCAGAAGACAAUCUCUGAUCAAUAUGACCACACCACAAUGUUGUAGAUAUUGUAGACACUUUUACUUUUUCACAGUACUUCAAUUUCUUUUUUCUUUCAUUGUCAAUCUCACAUUAAAGAAAUACCGAAUGGUUUUCCGUGCAGGAUUGCGUUAUCCAUGCACGAGGGAUGUCGCGAGACUUUCGGAAAGCGUAAAAAUACCCGAGCCGCAGGCGAGUGUAUUUUUACGCUUUCCGAAAGUCGAGGAACAUCCCAAGUGCAUAUGGAUCACGCUAUCCUGCUUGGAAAACCAUUUGCCAUUUGGUAAUUGUUUAUAAAAUAACUACAGUAAACAAUGACAUUUUGAGAACCCGCGAAGGCGUGAGACCGUCUAGGAGGAUCCGGGGUCUGGACAAUUUUGAAAUCUAGGGUCCCUGAAUUGCGAUUUCAUGCAUUUUCGAGGUGAAAUCUAGCAGAAUUCAGAAGAUUAUAAAGUACAUCGAAGACAUGGAUUUUCCAGACAUUUCUACUCGGAAUUAAAUAAAUUGGAAAAGUUACCUUGAAAAAUAGGAGGAGGGGUCAGUGUCACCUUAUUUCCUCUCUGUGAUGCUGGGGGGAUCCCAAUGUGAUUUUGAUCAGAAAUGUUGCAUUUAAAUCAUUUUAGGUUCUAUGAGACACCAUUUCCGCAUUCUCAAAAUUGCGUUGCUUUUUCAUACGAUACAGAAUAAGUCUGAGAAGAAAUAUUCAUGCACGAUACAUACAUGUAUUUAACAGUUAAAAAUCUAAACUAAAUCUAUUCUUCUUGGAACCAUAUCUACAACUGCUUUAACGAGAUUUCACAAAUCAAGUUCCUCCAGUAUAUCGUCUUUUUCCUCAGUCGAAACGUACUUAAUCAGUUUCAGCUUCGAGC